CCCCCGCAGAAGACCAACUAGCUCAGUUCGCCUCCCGGCCAUCUCUGUUUCAGGACCUUGUUUCCAGUAGAAGACAAUAGUCUUUUACAACUGCUUGAGUUUUGACAUACAAGAUGAAGCAAGAUCCCACAAGAAAUGCUGCCUACACUGUGGAUUGUGAAGAUUGUGUGCAUGUAGUAGAAUUUAAUCCCUUUGAGAGUGGGGAUUCAGGAAACCUGAUUGCAUAUGGUGGCAAUAAUUAUGUGGUGAUUGGCACGUGUACAUUUCAGGUUAGUCUACAAAACUCUGCUGAUAUGAAAAUUAGGUUAUUUACUUCAGAUCUUCAGGAUAAAAAUGAAUAUAAGACUUUAGAGGGCCAUUCAGAUUUCAUUAAUGGUUUGGUGUUUGAUCCCAAAGGUGGCCAAGAAAUUGCAAGUGUGAGUGAUGAUCAUACCUGCAGGAUUUGGAACUUGGAAGGAGUACAGACAGCUCAUUUUGUUCUUCAGUCUCCUGGCAUGAGUGUAUGCUGGCAUCCUGAGGAAACUUUUAAGCUAAUGGUUGCCGAAAAGAAUGGAAUAAUCCGGUUUUAUGAUCUUUUGGCUCAGCAGGCUAUUUUGUCUCUUGAAUCAGAACAGAUGCCAUUAAUGUCAGCACACUGGUGCUUAAAAAAUACCUUCAAAGUUGGAGCUGUUGCAGGAAACGAUUGGUUAAUUUGGGAUAUUACUCGAUCCAGUUAUCCUCAAGAUAAGAGACCUGUUCACAUGGACCGAGCCUUCCUAUUCAGGUGGUCCACAAUUAAUGAAAACUUGUUUGCAACCACUGGUUAUCCUGGCAAAAUGGCAAGCCAGUUUCAAAUUCAUCAUUUAGGACACCCUCAGCCCAUACUCACUGGUUCUGUGACCAUUGGAUCUGGCCUUUCCUGGCAUCGAACUCUCCCACUGUGUGCAAUCGGAGGAGACCACAAGCUAUUGUUCUGGGUGACUGAGAUGUAAAAGAAAUUUUCAUUGUACUUAGAUUAAAAAACUUGGUAUUUUUAUUACAUAUUUUGUAAUAUUCCUUAUUUUUCUAUCAAAUAUACUGUAAAGUCUAGAAAUACCUGUUUUUGUUUUGUUAAAUAAAAUAUUAAUGGUUUGAAAAA